AUGGUUUUGGCAACCCAGGAAGGAAUAUCUGGAAUUGGAGGGAUGAUAAGAAAUGACAAAGGGGCUGUGGUGGGGAUGUUCUCAGGCCCUAUUGGAAGGGGAGACUCCACUACAGCUGAACUAAAGGCAGUGGCUUUUGGGAUACAAAAGGCUAUGGAAUUGGGAAUGAGAAAACUGGUUGUGGAAGGUGAUUCCAAAGUGGUCAUAAGCUGGUUAAAGCAAAAUGAAAAGACUCCCUGGCUCUAUAGAAAUGAAAUUAAGAAGUUUAAAUGCUUUUCCAAGGACAUGCAGUUGUUAAUACAGUGGACUCCAAGCGCGGCAAAUAGCUUUGCAGAUCAGCUAGCAAAACAUGGGGUUAACAAGGAACAUUGUUUCUGGGCUCAGUUGUAA